AUGCGUCAAUGGAAACCUGCAUUACUUGCGCUGGCUGGUACUCUGGGCUACGGAACCUCGCUGUGGCCACAUACCCAGAAUGGUCUACCGGUCGAUCCGCAAGUCCUCACCAGCUUUGGAGCGUGGUCUUUUUACGUUCCGGGCGGCGAUGUUGGGCGCUACGGUAUUUCCAGCCAGCCCUUUUCAGGUUGCGAAGUCGAACAGGUCAGCCUCUUGAUGCGACACGACUUUCGGGGUCCUUCAAAAGGUGUAGGAACAGGCAUCGCCACCAUGAUCUCGAAGCUAGUCAAUGCCAGCAGUGCUGACGAUGCACCGUCCAAGUUCAGCUUCGGCGACGGACAGCCACAUCCAGAGCUCGAAUUUUUGUCCAGAUUGAAGCAAGACUACGAACCAGUGACACCCGAACUGCUCACCGCGUAUGGAGAGGCCGAUGCUCGCGCUAGCGGCUACAGAUUCAAGAACAGAUAUGGUCAUUUGCUUGGCCACAAAGAUUGGUACAACGGCCCCGUCAACCAAAGUUUGCCCGUGUUUGUCAGGACUACGGACCAAAGCAGAGUCAAUGUGACGAGUUGGGCCUUCUCGGAAGGCUUCUUGGGAAUGAAUUGGCGUCAGCGCCUACAAGCUCCACUCUUGACAGUUCCGGACAGUCUGGCAAAUUUCAACAAUUCACUCGCCGUUGGAACCUGUCCUUUCUCGAACAACGAUACAUCUUCGGAUGAUGCUUUCGCAGCGUGGAACAAAAUCUGGCUUCCCAAAGUUGUUCAGCGGCUGCAGCAUGCGCUGCCCAGCUUGAAUCUGACUACGUCGGACGUGCAAGCGAUGCAAAAUGCUUGUCCGUUCCAGUCGGCCUACCUCGGCCAUCUUUCGCCAUUUUGCGCCAUUUUUUCGCUGCACGAAUGGGAGCUCUACUCGUAUGCCCAGGAUCUGCAGCAGUACGAAAAUGCAGGAUACGGCGGACCCCUUGGAAGGGCAUGGAGUGUCGGUUGGGUGAACGAGCUUCUUGCUCGACUAACUGAUAUGCCUGUCAAGGACCACACCACCACCAACACUACGCUCGAUGCCAACAAUCUGACCUUCCCGCUUGGACUGCCAGUCUACCUCGACUUUACACACGACACCCAGCUCACCUCGGCCAUUGCUGUCAUGGGGUUGCUCAGGGACAAACUUGACACAACAAGCUAUCCGAGAAGGGACAGGCUGUGGAAUGCAGCACACAUUGUGCCUAUGGGUGGUCGUCUCGAAAUUGAGCGGCUGAGGUGCAAGAAAACGCCACAUAAGUAUGUCCGUCUUACUUUGAACGAUGCAGUGCUUCCGCUAUCGGGCUUGAAGGAGUGCAGCGUUCAGACGCAGGGCAGGAUGCACGCUGCGGCAGGGCUAUGCAGGUUAGACGAUUUUGUAGCUAGCCAAAGCUUCGCUCAAGCAGGCGGCAACUGGAAGAAUUGCUACCUGUGA